UUCCUCAUCUCUCAUAACUCAUAACUUUCCUUGAUUUAUACUCUGUCACGUCUCCUUCCCGGUUUCUCCGCCUUGUCUUAUCUUCGUCUCUCUCCAGCUCCCCCGACUCUCUACCCUCUAAUUGUAUACAUAUUUCAGCUCUUGGGUUACACCAUUAGUCCAAUGGCGGCUGCUAGUCUUUCAAACAGGGGAAGCUCAUGUUAGACCUACAUCAUAAAAUUCAUUAUGUUAUUUGUACAUGAAUUCUGCCCUCCGUUCCUUUUGCAGAAAAUGGUCUGUGACCCUGUCGUACCAAUUGGCUGUUUAUUCCAAGGACUUAACCAGUUUCCUCUCAAUGGCCAGGAGGUUGCUCAAACAAUCUUGGCCCAUCGUGUUGCGGGUGUAUGACUACUCCGUUUUAAACAGGAGAAGCUCCUCUCUACACCUGCUGAUGUAGCGACAACAGCUUGUAUAGCUGAGGCAUCAAACUCCAUGUCUUUUAAAAAUACCAAGAAAUCACACAGCUUACCCCUGCUCCCCUGUAAGUCAAGGUCUGAAUAUAGCACUUGAAGUUCAGAUCUCAGUCUCCCUGAGUCAAAGAAAUGCCCAUAACUUUUCAUAACACUUGUCUCAUUUCAUUAAAUUUCAACCUGGGACAACACCAGGUUCAAUCUGUGUGCAUAGCAAUGCACAAACAAUGUACUAGGGGCUAUUACUCUAACUUUGGCCUGUAGGCCGUUGAGAGAUGACGCAAACACACCAGCCCCAUUGUAGGUUUGUGCCACAAGUUUUUUUCUAAAACUGUAGCCCUGCAUGUUCUCGUUCAAUGCUUCAAACACAAACUGAGCAUCUCGACCCCCGGACACAUCCAAAAAUCCAAUGAAGCACUCCUGAAUUCUACCUGAAGUAUCCACAUAUCUAACAAUGACAGACAGUUGGCAAGAUAUGCCAGUUGCUUCAUCCACCUUGCAAAAAAAGGAGCAGUCUGAAUUUCACCUUUGAUAUUACCAGAAACAGUGGCUGUGAGAGCAGAGAUCAAGUAGUUUUGGAUUGAGUGGGACUGAUGAUUGACAUUGUGUGGCCAAGACAGAGUGAUUUUUAGCUAAUGUUUUUGUAAAUUCCCUGUAAUUCCCAUCAUGCCCCCUGAAUGCCAGCUCCUGUUGGCCAGGCAAGUCACAUGAAUUAGGCGGAUUAGGAAGGCCCUGUUUUUUUUUAACUGUUUCAUUAUUUUUUGCCACCUAAAUGCGAAGACCUUCAUCGAUUGCAUGUUCAACCCUGACCCUGCCCUGACAACUUAACCUUGCACAUGAACUCAUAUGUUUUCAUGCCUUUUGUAUGCCCUGUCAAAGCUACCCAGAUCCCCAAAACCCACGUUUGAUCAAACAACACAUCCCAUUCCCUGAGAAGGUUUCAUCAAGAGGCAUGGCCAACAGUACAUUUUCUUUGUCACAGUACCUCCAGUCAGCCUGGUCACCUUUUCAUACCAGGAGAGCUAAAAAGACCUGUUUUAUUUCCCCGAUUUUUGCACCAAAUCAAUCUUGGAUGUUGGUCUGCCCUGCUGUUUAAUUCUGAGGCUCUCCUCAUAAGGAAGACUAUUAAAUGGCUUCGCUGAAAGCAAGUCAACAAUAUUAGCACCGUCUGCCAUUAUACACAGCUUCCUAGCUGACUAUUUUCCCCUUCCACGAGCUACUUUAAUUAUAUGAUUGAACUAACUUUACAAUGCUGAAACAAGGAGCAAAGUCAAGAACGCCAUAAUCUUUUUAUUUAAAGAGUGAUUUGUACAAACAGAAAUGGCUUAUAUCACCAGCAAACACAGAGUGCAGCAAUUUGUCUUACGACUUCACCUGCAAAUCCACAUGGGACUGAACUCGAAUCUCUGUACUGCCGCUGUCUACUUAAAACAUGCUGUCAAUCAAAAAGGGGUCCCGCCCUUUAGACAGCUCCUCCAAUCAUCAAGCAGCAGCCCAGUGUCCUGGCCCGCCCACUGCUCCAUUCACUCCGAGAUGCUGAGCUUCCCUGGAAGUGACGAUUUUGGUGCAUUUAUCUAAUAACCGUCCAGCUUUUCUGCAGUGAAAAAAACUUUUCUGUGCCGGGCCAUAGAGGUCCAGUGAAACUGUGCUUCAGGAGGUUUUAAUGCACUGUGCUGCACGGAAAUGUAUGAGAACAAAAUUGCGUCAAACAAUCUACAAUAAACAGCGGAUUCUGAGCGAGCUCUUCAUGAAGUUGAAUGCAUUCUAGCGCACUUUUAUUAAAACCAAUAUAAAUACGACAGCGCAUUUAUUUUCUGACAUAUUAGAGGAAGCAGAGCUUCCCUUGUAGUCUUAGAGCAGUCGCCACUGCCUUAGUUGUCCUUGUAUCUCUCAUCCCUUGUUUUUGCUUCUCUUUCUCUCACUCCAUCCCUCUAUUCUCUGAUCAGAAUUUAAAUAAAGCUUUUAGUGGCUGACUCCUGCCUUUCCCCAUAGGCACAGUACUUUCUGCUCCUUAUUUCUUAGGUAUGGCAGCACCUUGCAGUGAAAUAAACCUUUCACCCUUCCUGCAUCAUCUUCCAGUUCCUCUCUGUUUUCCACGCUCUCUGACUUGUGAAAAAUGUCUCCCGACACCUCGAUGACGUGCCUCUGCAAUCAUCGUUAGGCGACCUCUUAUGUGGUUCCCCAUUUUCCUCGAAAAAUAAUUUAACCCCAGAGUACCCGAAAAAGGAAAAUAAACUCUAGUUAUAAAGCAAUAUGAAAAAAAGAACAUACUGCUGUCCCUCUCAACUGACUUCAUUGUGCCAGUUAAAUGCUUACAUGGCUGUCGGGAAGGUCAUGGGAACUGGAACCUGUUGAUGCUAAGUAUAGAAGUUUAUGGAAUUACGUUUGCAUGAAUAGUUUGAGUCUCAAAGAUUUGAUUUCCUGCUUGAAAGGCUCUUUUCAUCACAUCACUGACACGACCUAAAAUUCACUUGUCCCAAAGCACAAAUUAUAUUACAUUUACACAUGCCUAUUUUGGCUUUCGUCAGGGAAAGCUUAAUGCUUAAUGCUGAUUUAAUUAAUAAACCAGUAUUUCAUGUAUCCAAAGGACACUGUUAAUAAGAAGUUUUGUUAGUUUAGGACCUUGACAGUCUGUGGACUUGGCUUAUGUUAAUAGCGAUUUCCAUCUACCCAAAUUUAUGCAAGGUCAUUGUUUUAGGUAGAACUUUGAGUUUCCAUCCAUUUUGCCUUGUUCUUGGGAAUGUGUAGGCAGCAUGGCGCCCAUGCCUGAACGCUCCAUCCAUGCCUGUCCUUCUCUUGUUUCUUUCUCCAGAUUCAACCCCCUGAAGGCUCUGCAGCCAAAACGGCGUUUGCAGCAAAUGCUGUCCUCCCCUACUGCUUUUGACUAUUGCAGGUUCAUAGAGCUAGACUACAUUCCAAUGGAGGCAGGCUUAAUGGUUUCAAUGCGGCAAAGUCGUGGAUUUCUGUCCCCGGAGCGGCACAAUCGACGGCCUGCUGCCCCGGUCAGCACCAGGGACCCCUAUGGCACCUCCUCACUCAGCAGUAGCUCUGGAUCCUGCAAGGGCAGCGACGGGAGCCCAGUGGCAAGGCGUCAGGUGAAGUACACCUCCUGCAGUGACAACCAUGGCAUCCGUCCACCGCCCCCAGAGCAGUACCUCACCCCCCUACAGCAGAAGGAGGUGUGCAUUCGGCACCUGCGGGCCAAGCUCAAGGAGACCAUUGAGAGGCUGCAGGACAGGGACACUGAGAUUGAUGAGUUGAAGACCCAGCUGUCGCGUAUGCAGGAGGACUGGAUCGAGGAGGAGUGCCACCGCGUGGAGGCACAGCUGGCGCUGAAGGAGGCACGCAAGGAGAUCCAGCAGCUGAAGCAGGUGAUCGACGUUGUGCGAAGCAACCUGGGCCAGGCGGACACGGGCGUGCAGAAGUACUUCCAGGACAUCAACAUCCAGAACCGUAAGCUGGAGACGCUGCUCUACAACAUGGAGCUGGCUCAGAAUGGCUCGAGCUGCGAGGGCGAGGAUGAGGCUGGAGCGGGACCCGGACUGCCUCCGUCUGCGUCCUGCGAGGGCUCACCGGCGCGAUCCCUCACCCGCAGCUCCACCUACACCAAGCUGAGCGACCAGGGGCUGGCUGACAAGAAUAGCAAUGGGCCCGACUUCCCGAGCCUGUCGGGGGAGGAGACGCAGGACAGCGGCUGCGUCUGCGGGGAUAGCCACGCCAGUCGGGCCGACCUCCUGCUGGAGGCCACGCUGCUGUCGGAGGAGACGUCAUCGCUGCUGAGCGUCUGCUCCCGCCUGCCACAUUCCUCCACGUAUGAGAAGCUCUACAGCAGUGAGAGGGCAAUGCCACUGCGGUGCAGCCGCACCUGCCGCAGCCACCCAUGCCUGUCCCACCACCACCUCUACCUGCACCACCUCAGGGAGCAGGCCAUCCAGACAGACUGUGGUGCCCCUUACAACUGCGACCUGGACACCAUCACGGAGAAGGCCUGCAAAUCCCAGGCCUGCAGUCCCACCUCCACCUGGCUGUCGGAAGAGGACAAGGACUUUGACACCAUCACCUCGGUGCCCGCAACCACCAUGGCCACCGAUCCGACUCCGCUGCCACUGCCCCGGUCCCCAUCCUGCCCCCUGGACCUUUCCCCCAUAGAGGACGAAGAGGCGCCCUUGCAGCCCCCAUCACCCCAGACCUGCCAGCCCAAGAGCACGUCCCCCCCAGGAGUGACGGUGGUGGUGGUGGAAGAGCAGGAUGAGGGUGGUGGCGUGGGAGCCGGGGAGCCAUCCUCGGCAACUCCCCAGAAGAGCUACUGGAGUCGGCACUUCCUGGUGGAUCUGCUGGCAGUGGCGAUGCCUGUGGUUCCGGCAGUGGCCUGGCUGUGCCGAGGCCCUCGCAGGGACGGCCAGCCCGUCUACCACAUUGGCUCACUGCUGCGGGGCUGCUGCACCGUCGCUCUGCACUCCCUGCGCCGAGGGGGGGGCACAAGGCACUACCCAGCAGGGGGUGGCGGUGGGCUCGGGGGCAUUCCCAUUUGAACCAGCUCGUACCCUCAGUCCAACGAGUUAUGUUACCUGAAAGAAGCGCACUACUCGCCCUAUGAUCCGACCUUCGACCUCCUCCAGGCAUAUACUGAUCUCUUCUAUCACUUCCCUCCCCGUAAAGGAUUAAAGAAAGACAUCAGGGAUGCUUUGGAUCGAUGCUGAUUGUAAUACCCAGCCGGAGUGCCAAAAGACAGGUCUCCGCUUUUCUCCUUCUCGCUAUUUCCAUCUGCCUGUCUUUGGAAGGUGAUGGUUCUGGUGGCCAGGCUCUCCUGCCCCACCCAUUCCUCUGUGCGUCUCUGUGUCCGUGAGUCUGCGUGAUUGUUUUUCUUUUUUUCUCCUUGACCGUCAUCAUCAUGGGGAAACUGAGUGAACAGCUGCCUUGGGCAAAAUAUCACAUAAAAAAAACCAUAAGCUGCUGCAGCUGUGAGUUUUAGUAAUAGAUAUCUCAGCCUUGGUCGUAGAAUCGGUAGUGUCCUAGUCCAUAUUUGUAUAUUAUAACACAUGAUGGAAACACCUUGAACAAAAUAGUACAUGCAUCCUUCCUGGUGCCUAAUAUUGAAGAGGUUCAAAGGGACAAGAAAUGUUAAAUAUUUGUGUUUAUUCCAGGUAUGCUGAGUGACAGUGUUAUGUUUGUUAGCUUGUUUUUAAUUUUUUUUAUGUGAAAAUGGUAACACAAUAUCAUAAGGGCCCUACAUAAGACCUUCAUAACACCUAUAUGAACCUAUAUGUAUCCUACAAGCCAGCACCCCUCGAUUUUUCUUUCCCUCUUUCCGCUGUACUCCUGUUACACCAUUUCUCCCGAUUCCCUCUUCUUUCCUACAUUUACACUUUCAAUUAGCACACAAACGUCGUGGAGAACAGCAAGCUAAAAUGAGUGAGAUGGUAACCAAAAAGAACAGGCUGUCCUGUAAGUUGUAAGACAGAUAUUUUAAUUUGAGAGCCAAACAUAACAUCUUUUGUAAGCUGCAUCGGACCAACUUCAGCACUGAACAUGAAGGUAAAACCGAUGUGGUUCAUCAGACAAAAACAGCUAAUCACAGACAGGGCCAUACAAGCAUAAGUUCUUUCAUCCUAUGAGGUCGUUCUGAGGCAGAUCAGGUUACUGCACUAAAAUCUCCCUAAUUAUCACAACCUAAUACUGGCAGUGUGUGCUUUCUCAUUUGUCCCUGUAGGCCUUAUGGAUGCAUGACGCAAUUUAUGAUGUUAUGAAGGUCUCGUGUCACAACUGAAAUGUGAAAUUGUACUUAUCAGUGAUGCUUUAUAGACAAUUUUGACAGAUGUCCCUUUAACCAUCACCAAAUAACCAUUUGUUAUUGCCCUAGAAUUACUAUGAGAUUUUAACUUAUUUAUUAUUUAAACUGUUAAACUAGCACUUGUGGAUUUGGAGGGGGCUCAUUAGAAAUUUUCAUAAGACAAAUCACACACCAAAGCGUUUAUGAUCAUCUAAUCAGACACCACUUGGGGGGGACACAUUGUUCAAAACCAAGUACUUUUCACUGGAAACCUAUAAUCGAAAAGAGUGUAUUGUUUUAUGUGUGUGGUUGUUAAGUCCUUGUAAUCGCACUAUAAAUCACUUUAUGAGAUUAGCUACUACUUGAAGUUACAUUGCAUGUCUCUAAGAGGCCCGUCAGUGAUAAGGGGAUAAAUGCAUUCUUGUUUAAUAAUUUUUAAAGAAGGCAGGGAGGUUCAGUUCUUACAGAGAUGCACAUCUGCAAGCAAAAAGUUGAAGAUUUUCACCAAUACCUGAGUUUUUAGAUUAUUGAAUUUAUCUGCAAUAGAAGAAUUUACACUGGAUGGCUGUGUCCUAGUUAAUAUUGCACUGGAAAUUUUGCCAGCUUCAUGAUUUAUGAUAGAGUUUAGUUUUUUUCCCUCUGAACGCAAAGUAAGUUGCCUUGCAACCUUUAUCUAUUAUUUUCAUUGUGAGUGUGUCCUUAUGUGUUGGCUUGACAAUCCUUUAGAGCUUUGGGCAACAAUAAUACAGUGCAGUCUUUCAGGUGUAGCAAACAUCUCAAACUGAAAUCGCAAGCACUUACUAUUAAAAACAUAAUAAAGAGAGUAAAUGAAUGAACUGAUAAUUUUUCAAAUAUGGAGCAGUUCUCUACAAAAGAGGAAUGUUUAAAACCUUUAAAUGAUCUGUAUCCUAUUUAUGGGUUGAAAGUAUGUUUAUAUUGCAUUAUUGGUUUGUGAGUGUGCCAUUUAGUGUGACCCAUGAAACGUCUGUUAAACUGAUAUGUGAGGUUCACAUAUUUUUUUUGAAAGCCAUAAUCUAACAUAGAUGUUUGUGGUACAGUCAGUGCCAGACCAUGACUUUCAAGGCUAUGUACCUCUGGCUCGGGUGUUGGUUCUGACCUUCAUCACCUUUGCAGUCCUCUGCGUCUGGACGCUUCUGUGGAGUCACACUGCUCUGCUGGGCAUCUCACCGGCAUGCUGAAGAUCCCUUGGAGCAUUCAUGACUCGUGGGGCUUUCAAGCAGAACGCUACAGGUGAGCUCAUAUGGAGGUGGAGGAGGACUGAUAUGAAAUGAAGAUAUGCAGUCUGAGGACAUUGAUUUAAGGCUAAAAAACAACUGGUGUCUAAUAAGCCUGGCAACCUGUAAUAAAUAAAUAUGGUAAAACAAGU